AUGGUGAUAGUACAGAGGUGGAAGCCCAUCAUCUCACCGGCCUUCCCUUCGCAGAUCCCUUUCUGGAUCCAUCUCAAAGGACUCCCACUCCAUUACUGGAAAGAAGAACUCAUCUGCAAGAUUGGGAGGGAGAUAGGAGAGCUCCUCGAGUUUGAGCUCUCGAAGACAGUUGCAAAAGUCAAGAUCUCGGUCAAUACCCUGAGCCCGAUAGUAAAAGAAACGGAGAUUGAGUUCACUACGGGAGAGGUGGCCCUUAUUACUCUGGAGUACGAACGCCUGGGACUCCACUGCUCCGUCUGUAACAGCUUAGCCCAUGAGUACCUGGAUUGCCAAGACAGACAUAGAGAAUCAAACCAAACCCCAUCGCGGCACGAGGAAAGCAAAUCUAACACAGGGAAUAGACUACAAGAACAAGUUCCCAAAUACCCACGUGAAGAACAGCAAAGAAGGGAGCAAAGAGAAACGGAGCAAAAGAAUACGGAAAGAAGAGAUAGACAUGGAAAUCUGGUGAGAGAGAGGCCCAUCUACACAAACAGAGGAAGAGAACCACAACAUGGAUAUGACAGGUACCGCAAAACGGCAACAAACAUGAGAACAAGCCCCAGAACACCACGGAGGAACUAG